AUGAGCCGAUUUGCCAAGGCAUCGCUGCCACUACUAGAGAUAACAGAACUUUUACAAAAGGGUUUACCAAAGGAGCCAUUCAAUGCAACUUUGCGAGAUUUCAUAGAGUGGAACAAUCUAACCAAUUUGCGGAGCCAUAAUUUUUUCACUAAGAAAUCUGCAGCCCAAAUAAAUGAAGUUAAUAGGUUACAACCGGUAUUAUCUCAUUGCUUCGCACGUUGGUUGCACGUUGAAUACAAGCUCAACUAUUAUCCUUAUUACGAUCUUAAUGUUGUGUGCUUAUACACUGAUCUAAAUGCUGGCAUUGAAAAUGCAAAGCAUGUAGUAAAUUAUUUCAAGAAAUUUGUGACCGAUGAUGUAUAUGACAGAUUAAACUACUACUUGGUACCACUUUAUGAUACCAAAAUUGACGCAAUGACUAAAAGCACAAAUGAUCCAAAGAUACGAAUAAUGAAAGAAGGUAUUCUAUCUAACCAUAUGAACUAUCAGAUUGAGGAUCCUGUUUUUGUUACCAUGAUAAACGAUGUCGUGAAAUUUCUUCCCUGUGAUUUGGUUCAAUACGAUCCCCAGCUUGAGAAAUGGUUACAAGCAUAUAUCGAAUAUGAUCCAGAAAAAGGGUUCAUGAAACAAGAUUUCCAAGAGAUGGAUUAUUGGUGUCAUAUGACAGCUAAUCUUUUGAAAUUAGACAAAGAUUAUAAAGGGCAUGAACUAUACAUAACGACUCGGCUAGUGCAUUUGUUUGCUCAAUUACACCGUACGAUACCGGAGCACAAACUAUUUAUUAUUGACAAUCCACAGAGAUGGUCGCCAAACAUAGCUACCAUAAUCAAGCUAAUGAUGGGAUGGGAAAAUUAUCCAAUAACACAAGCAAAUAUUUCAAGUCACUUAUAUCAACCUUGGACUAAGGAGAAUCUCCUUCAUAGAGACAAUUCAACUUUUAUCACCGAUUUCCAACAAGUUAAGAAAUUGUACACAGAGAUUACCGAAGGUACGAAAACUUUGGAAUCGGAAGACUUACAUGAUUUCGCUAAUGAGUGGAUGGAUUAUGGUGAGAGUCAAGAAUUAUUGGAUGGUGAUCCAAGUAAUUCAAUCAAUAUAGCAAGACAAUAUUUACAUGAUUCGACAUUGGCUGUAAUCCGAGGAUAA